AUGACUGAGGAUUUGUACAACUUAAUCAAUGAUCGUGGGUAUACAUGUGACUUCGCUGAUGACUUCAUCUGGAACGCCAAUCAGGUCUUCCAAAGCGGUGGUUUCUCGGCAGCUAAACGGGUCACCGAGGACCUACUCUUCAGAAACCGCUCUGACUACGCCACAGCUAGUCAGUACGUCGAGGCGAUGCACGCUGCACACAGUGAUUUGGUCUAA